CUAAUCAGUCUUGGCGCUGUCUUCAUCACCUUGACCGCAGUCUCAUUGAUCUUGCGGAUUUGGGUUCGGACCAAAAUUGUAGCUUGCUGGGGUAAAGAUGACUGGGCUAUGCUUGUGACACAGGCAUGCUACGUAAUCACUUGUGGGCUACUGUUCAAGUGGGCAGCAAUUGAGACAGCUCUGACUCCCCAAAAAGGCCUCAAACCAUAUGUGAAGGUAUCCAAAAGUGAACCUUCUAUCACAAUGCCCACACUAACAAAUCGACAGUCAUAUGAUUUACUCGUCAUCAGCACCGCGACAUAUCUCGUCACAAAUCUAUUGCUCAAAUUAUCCCUGGCACUCUUCUUCCUUCGCUUCGUCAUCGAUCGCUGGGCCAGGCGUAGCAUCUGGGGCAUUACUAUCUUUCUUCUUUUCUGGACAUCUGGUGUUUUCCUGUUCAGUCUCUUCUUCUGCGGCUUGCCAGAUGAUAUCCUGAAGAAGACCAUGAAAGGUGGAAAAUGCAUUUCACCACGGACGACGCUUAUACUGGGUGUUACAUGGGGCGUCUCAAACGUUCUGACAGAUUGGUUCUUUGCUCUUAUCCCGGUGAUGAUCUUGCUCAGAAGUCGACUCCCUCGUGCGACGAAGAUCUCAGCAGUAGCUGUCAUGGCAAUAGCGGUGGUUGGGUCGUGUACUGCUAUCCCAAGAGUCGCCAGCUACACGAGGCUCGAUAAAGCGACCAGUUAUUGGAUAGGUACUACCAAUUUCUUGAUCUGGAGUAUUAUUGAACCAGGCGUUGGGAUACUUGCUGCGAACAUCGCCACCCUUCGUCCACUGCUCGACAAGACUAUGCAA